AGAGUCAUAUAUCUUCUGGUUUGUAUGUGCAUCGGGUGUCCACGUCAUGACGUCACUCACGAUGAAUGGCUCCCUUGAGAUCGAUUUAUCGGCCAACUAUCGGAUAUUGGCGAUAACUGCUUGUUUUCUUGGUAUCGUCCUCUCCGCCUGCUUCAAUAUCUUCAUCUUAAUCGUCUUACCACGAACGCCGAAUAAAUUCGGAGAAAAUACUCGUCUGUGUUUGCUCUCUUUAGCGGUGAUCGAUAUUCUUGGAGGAGUUAUAUGUUUUGGUACUCGCAUCAUCUUUGAAUUCGACCGCCCCCUUGUUUUGAACCACCGUGUAGCAUGCACCGUCGUCGCCGCGUCAUGCACGACAUUCGUAUCGCAAUCGAACGUUCUUCUUGCGGUUAUCAGCAUUGAUCGCUAUAUCGCUAUCAUGAAACCCAUGCGCUACUGGUCUAUGGUAUCGAGGACGCGUACUAAAAAAAUGAUAGCGAUGGCGAUCGGAUAUGGUUUGGUGCUGUCGAUUGCAAGGUCAUUUCACGAGGUUUUCACCGAUAGCUGUGAUUUUGAUCCGGGAGGAUCGCUUUACGUUGGAAACCCCUCCAUGUUGUUUUACAUAGCGAACGUUUUCCUUUUAGGUAGUGUUACAGGCUAUCUCAACAUCAAAGUCUUAAUAACAGCCUACAAGCAACACAGGCGGAUUUCAAACUUACCUUUAGCCUGCGAAAAGCGGAAGGACUCAACACCAAAAAUUGGCGGGAAACUUAAGUCGGCUAUUACCAACACUGUAAUGUUUGGAGCCUACUAUGUCGUAUGGACACCUUACGUUGUUGUUGUAGCAAUUGUGACGUAUUAUGACGAACCAGUACCAGAGUCGGUUCAUUUUGCUGUACUGUAUGUAGCAUUUAGUAAUCAUUUUCUGAAUGCAAUGACACAUUUCUGCCUUCAAAGAAAUCUACGUUUGACCAUGAAAAGGCUGUUGGGCAGAGACAAAAAUUCGUUAGUGAUCGACUGAUGUUUUGUGAUGUGUUGAUUUGCAAACAAUUAUAUACCAUUUCAAGGCUUUCUUGUCAUAAUUGUUUCUAUUGGUCAAUAUUUACCGCUACAUGCAUGAUAUGUUCACAGCAUUUGUAUAGCGCCAUAUAUCUGUCAAAGACAUUCAAAGGCGCAUUUUUUUAAAGUUCAAGGUUAAGUGUAAAUGCGCAUUUUUCACUCUCUACAUGCUUUAUGGCGAUAAUGGUGAUGAAGGUGAUGAUACGAAAAGGUCUAUUGAUAAAGAUGAUUGUCCUGAUGGUGUCGAAAAGUAAAAUGAUUUUGUUUCAGUCACUGGCGUACCUAGGAUUUUCCAGAAAGGGGGCAAUUUUUUUGGAGGAUAUUUCGUCCGCAAAAAAAUUUGACAAGCAAGCAAAAAAAAAAAAAAAAAAGGUCUUCAGGUUCAAAAGAGGGAGCACACGUCUGUUUUCAUUGCAUUUUUUGGAUCAGUUGUGACUCGUCAGAGGGGGCAGGGAU